AUGACCCUCGUCGAGGACGACGCCAUCGCGCCGCCGGGCCCGGGGGAAGCGCGCGUCCACGUCAAAGCCAUCGGCCUCAACUUCGCGGACGUCUUCAGCGUGCUCGGUCUGUACCAGGCGACGCCGCCGACGCCGUUCGUCCCCGGCCUGGAGUGCUGCGGCGUCGUCACCGCGCUCGGGCCGCCGCGCGCGGAUCUCCCGGAAGGGACGGUCGUCCCGGACUUGAAAGUCGGCGACUCCGUGAUGUGCGUCACGCGGUUCGGCGCUUACGCCACGAAGGUCAACGCGCCGACGCAUCAGACGCGGAAGCUCCCCGCGGGCUGGACGCACGAGCAGGGCGCGGCGUUCUUAGUCCAAGGCUUGACCGCGUACUACGCCCUGCGCGCGUUGGGUAACGUGCGGAAAGGGCACACGGUGUUAGUCCACAGCGCCGCGGGCGGGUGCGGGCUGUUCGGUCUCGGCAUCUGCGAAGCCGUCGGCGCGCGCGCGGUGGCGACGGUUGGGUCCGCGAGCAAGAAGGAGAUCAUCUUAGGCGCGUCUGAUGACUGGUCCCCAUACGACCGCGUUCGCGCGGUGCACGCCGUUCCUUAA